AUGUCUAUUGAAACUCACUCGACCGACUGCGAGUACUUCGGUGGUCAUCACGCCUAUGAGGGUAUUCAUUACGACAAGAUGGACCCUCCUACUACGAAGGAGGCUGCCGAGUUCUCUAAGAAGUUACGUGAUGUAGCAAAACGCAGUGUCGGUGGCACACACGCUGACCGCAUCGUUGCAGCAGAUCUCCUUCGAUCUGCUCUGCUCGAUCUCGCCGCUUCCAAGAAGAACUUCGGGGCGGUCAGUGUAGACAACUUACUCGGCGAGGACACUUCGCGCGUUAUUGAUAUGAUGAAGACGGUAAAUGAGGAGAGCGUUAUGAAGGCCUUAAACGAGUUGGUUGAUGAGCUGAAGAUUCCCAAGCCUUCCAUGCAGUAUACUCCAACCAACCAUGCUGCUGUACAUUUCGAAUCCUCUGGUGUCGGUUUCUGUACUGAGUGUUUGACCAAGAAGGUUGCGAUAAUGGAACUUCCCUGUGGUAAGGAAUACGGCGGUAAGGCCUAUUUGUGCGAGGACUGUUACUGCAAACGUGAUGAUGCUGGCCCUCUUUUCAAAAUUCAAUACUAA